CUAUCGACAGAAGUUGAGACAGGCAGUCUGGAGUAAAUCUCAACCACGAUGGAUGCAAUAACCCGUUGUCUCGUGUUAAUAGUCCUGUUCUUUGGGACUAGGAUUCAAGAAAAUGAUGCCUUGCAGUGUUACUGCCAGCGAUGUCUCAACUCCACGUGCUCCACGGAAGGAGUUUGCUUCGUGUCCGUCAGGAAGUCUGGCAGCAGCAUCACCGCCGAGAGCAGCAUGUGUGUCCCAGAGAACGAGCUGAUCCCACGUGACCGCCCCUUCAUCUGUGCGCCCUCCACCAAGGACGACACUGGCAUCUACCCCAUGUGCUGCGCCACCGACUGGUGCAACAAGAACCCCGACCUCAGCGUCUUCCCAGUGCCGACUGUGAAGCCGGUGCCCCUGGGGCCUGUGGCGCUGGCGGCAGUCAUCGCGGGGCCUGUGUGCGUGCUGUGCUUCGUGCUGAUGCUGGUCUUCUACAUCUGCCACAGCCGUGCAGGCGUCCACCACCGCGUGCCCAACGAGGAGGACCCCUCCAUGAAUCACCCCUUCCUCAACGUGGGCUCCACCCUCCAAGACCUCAUCUACGACAUGACCACCUCUGGCUCCGGCUCUGGUGGGUUAGGUCUGCCCCUGCUGGUUCAGAGGACCAUAGCCCGGACCAUCAUACUCCAGGAGAGCAUCGGGAAGGGCCGCUUCGGCGAGGUGUGGCGGGGGAAGUGGCGAGACGAGGAGGUGGCGGUCAAGAUCUUCUCGUCCCGUGAGGAGCGCUCGUGGUUCCGCGAGGCCGAGAUCUACCAGACAGUCAUGCUGCGUCACGAGAACAUCCUGGGCUUCAUCGCUGCCGACAACAAAGAUAAUGGGACAUGGACCCAGCUGUGGCUGGUAUCAGACUACCAUGAGCAUGGCUCUUUGUUUGACUACCUGAACCGCUACACCGUCACCGUGGAGGGCAUGAUCAAACUUUCCCUGUCCACUGCCAGCGGCCUGGCCCACCUCCACAUGGAGAUCGUUGGCACGCAAGGGAAGCCGGCCAUCGCCCACAGGGACCUGAAAUCUAAGAACAUCCUGGUGAAGAAGAGUGGGACGUGCUGCAUCGCUGACCUGGGCCUGGCCGUGCGCCACGACUCCGCCACUGACACCAUCGACAUCGCCCCCAACCACAGAGUAGGAACCAAAAGGUAUAUGGCACCAGAGGUGCUGGACGACUCGAUAAACAUGAAGCAUUUUGAGUCAUUUAAGAGGGCAGAUAUCUACGCCAUGGGCUUGGUGUUCUGGGAGAUAGCCAGUAGAUGCUCUCUAGCAGGCAUCGUUGAAGACUACCAGCUGCCAUACCAUGACCUGGUGCAGUCAGACCCCUCUGUAGAGGAGAUGAGGAGGGUGGUGUGUGAGCAGAAGCUACGGCCCAACAUUCCAAACCGUUGGCAGAGCUGUGAGGCUCUGCGGGUAAUGGCUAAGAUCAUGAGGGAGUGCUGGUAUGCCAAUGGAGCCGCCCGCCUCACUGCGCUACGCAUCAAGAAGACCCUUUCCCAGCUCAGCCAAUCAGAGGGCAUCAAGAUGUAGAGACACCCUUUCUCUUAUUCUAUUAUUCAUAAUCGUAUUAUUUUAUUAUUACCACCAUUAGUUCUCGCCCCACUGCUCCUCCUCUUGGUUUGUAAGGAGAGGCGGCACAGUGAAGUUUUACUCUGAUAUCCCCCGACCCCUCCCUAAACGCUGUCAUCGUUUCCUCGUCGCCCCGCCAACCGGCGCGUGGAUCUAUUUUCUGUCUCACGGAGGUGAAGGAUGGAUCUGGUGGAGGGAUGUUUGCCAGUGCAAACCCCACCCCCCUGUCAAGAUUGGUUGGAUCACUUCCUCCAGUGCUCGUGAAUUACCUAUCAGGGUGAUUACAGACCGACGUAGUCCCACCCUGCCAUAGACCCAUCUUUCAAUGCUGUUCGGCGGAAACCAGAGGAAAGGAAACAUCAACAACCCAUAAGAAAAACCCUAAGGUUGCAUGACUGCUGGUCAUAACAUUCAGGUGACAAUGCCUCCAUUCCAACAACAAAUGUUCUGUCACUGGGCGAGGUAACUUGGACUCGACGAGAACCGCCCUAGAAAAUGACUGAACCAACUAUAGUUUGUUUAUUUUUUUACCGUCUGGUACUUAAAAACGAGCAUAUUAAUUGAGUUAUUAUUUGUGUUUUUCCAUGGAGAGAUGCUGGUGUGCUGUUGGACUCGUCUCUCCAGAAAAUGUUGCAUCUUGUUUUAGUAUUUCUUUCUCUUCUCCCUACGUAUCACGGUACAGGGGGUCUACAGGUCAGUUUAACUUAUUGGUUUUUGUUUGCAAACAAACUGGACAUGAGCUCAUUCAGUCUUGGCCAACAUGCUAUGGCAUAUGCAAUAUAGAUAAAAUGUAUCUAUUUUAUAUACUCUGCUCUGCUACUACUACGACAACAGCUCGACAGUCGCCAUCAUGCCUUCCGAGCCAGGUGAUAACCUGAAAGUGCCACUGCUUUAAACCUACCCCCCUUCUUCCCCUCUCAUGUCAGUUACUGUGUGAGGGUGUUGGUGUGGGUGGGUGUGUAAGAUCACAUGGAGUCUUGACAGAAGCCCUCCCAGAGCUGUGUGAGCAGCAGGGAGUGUUCCUCCUCCUAUGCACAUGAAAGGACACAUGUGGCCUUGCCACACUGCCAGGGGCAGCCACAACACCGCCUCUCUGGUGCCAUCUACCCACCCCCCCCCCUCUGCCAGCCCCCCUCAUCAAAACAGCAACAAGGGAUGUCUUUUUGCUCUCUCUCUCUCUCGCGUGCUCUCUCUCUCUCUCGCUCUCGCUCUCUCUCGCUCUCUCUCUCGCUCUCUCUCUCUCUCGCUGC